AUGGCGACCAAACUUUGUGGAGCAUGUCACAAUUUUCCAGCUUACAUAGACACAUUAUCUGGAGAAGUAGCCGAGUUUUGUUCAAAUAAGUGUAGGAAGACAGCUGUUGAAAGAGGCAUGAUCGAACCCUGUAUAAAUUGUGGAAUAAUGCCACGAGCAUUAAAAAAUGGCAUACGAACAAACUAUUGCGGGAAAACGUGUAAAAAUGAAGAUGUGGUAAAUGCGCGCGGGAGAUCUCGUUCUGUUUGCCAACAAUGCCAUUCUAAACCUUGUUACCAAAGCUCUUUAUAUUGUUCUAUGACUUGUAAAACUAAAGCACGUCAAACCAAAGCAUCACCACCACCAAUAAUACCACCACCGGGUUCAUUUACGCUAACUCAGCCUCCACCAACAGCACCACCAUUGAUAUCAAAUCAAAACACAACGACUGUCGUCGUAGUACAGACAGAUUCACCACCUCCGUACACGCCUGGUAAUGCAUUUGGUCUCGGUGACCGUAAAAUAACACGUGAUGACACUUUUGACGAUGAAAAUCCUUAUGGAUUUAGAAUGAAUUUAUCCGAAAAGCCCCAUAGUACUCGAGAUGAUCGCUGGGUUGAACAAGAAGAACAGAAUUACCUAACUGAUUAA